AUGGCCUCUUCACAACAACACCUCAAUCCCACAAUUCAAACCUCCCUGUCCAGCCAAGAAAACUGUCACGAGCGUGACAAGGUCCGUCAUAUUAUACGAGAGAGGAACGUGAGUUCCUUGAGAGAAUAUGGUGGCGCUCCCAUGGUUGCCGUUGCUUUCAAUUCUAAUAUUGAAACAGGGCUUCAGACUGGUACAGCUCUAACAGCAGGAUUGAAACAAGUCGAUCCCCCCACUUUCACCAGCUUCGUGUUGGAGGAGUUGAACAGUGCUACCUUGCUUCCGCUCUUCGUCUCUGCUGUAAUUUGCUUCACUGCAGGGAUUGUCUUGGAAAAACCUGAUUACGGAUGGCCUGAGGGUGUUGACAUACUGGUUAACAUUCUUAUUCUUGUCUUUCUACCUUCUAUUCAGAAAUACUGCACUGCGAGAAAAGAUGCGAAAAAAAUCAAGUUACAAAAGGUGACGGUAAUAAGAGAUGGGGAGCAUCAAGCUUUGGCGGUCUUGGGGGUGGUGGAGGGCGAUCUAGUUGUUUUAAAGAAGGGAGAUGUCAUUCCUGGCGAUGGCUUGCUGGUGUUCGGGAAUGAAUUAGAGGUUGAUAAUAAGUUAGAUUCCCGUAUUGAUUGCGAGAACAAUCCAUUUCUCUUUUCCGGUUCAAAAGUUGUCACAGGAGAAGGCCGCAUGAUCGUUGUGUCUAUUGGUUCUAAUACAUCUCUAGGUGAGAUGAUGCUCUUGAUGAACCGCAAUCCGUGUGAAGAACCCUUGUUCCAGGCUCACAUGAAAGCACUUAGCAGGACCAUGGAUUAUAUUGUCAUGUUCAUAUAUAUAGUGCUUGCUUUGAUGUUAUUUUUCCAGCUCCUGUACACAAGAAACCGCCACAAGGACGACCAGAAGAGUGUUCAACCACCCAACUUGAACAACAAAGUGUCAGCCGAAUUUGUAGAAACUUUGUUCAAAAAGAUCUUGUUGAGAUCGAGAGGUAAAAUCAUCAUUCUGAUCUAUUCACUUACUAUAAUUGAUCUAGGGUUGCAGGGUAUUUUACCUCCGACUAUUUCAGCUGCUCUAAUAUGCUGGAAUAGGAAUUUGAAAAAGAAGUAUCAGAUUCACCAUAAGAAUUUGUAUGCUUGUGGUACCAUGGGAUUGACAGAAAUCAUCGUAAUUUAUGUAUCCAAUGAAUUACCUGUGUCUCAAUACCCACUAGAAGCUGCAAAUGAUCUUAAGAAUAAAGGGGUUUCCAUCGUAUUGGUGUCAAGGGAAGAUGAGAAUUCUGUAAGAGCCAUAGCUGGGAAGAGCGACUUGGGUGGUUCGGGUAUGCCUUUGAAAAAACCUAAAGAAGUUCCCAUUCAUUCGAGAGUGAGCAAUCCUAGCAGAACUCAUUAG